GCAAAGUUUAAUGGACGAUGUAUUGUCUUGUCGGAAGUUAAGUGGGAUACUCCUGAUCUAACACCACAAUGUGAUGCACCACAUUGCUUUAAAAUUGGAGCAAAAAGUGGAGGAACCUGUUCGUUCCUCAUUAAAAGUCAGGGCACAGCUUGUUUUGCCAGUUGUGUCUCGAUAAUUUUCAUCAUCGCAAAGCUGGUCACAAAGAAAGAAUUUAAAAGGUCUCUGCAGUUUCUUGCAGUUGCAUCCCUCAUCUAUGCAAUACUUGCAUUCAUAUCAGCAAUCAUUCUCGUUGUUUCCCUACAUAAAAUAUGUAAUGGAUUGACAGAAUACUUUAAUACUUGCGAAAAUGCCCAAAACCCUGAUGUAUGGAAACACUGGAAAGACGGUGAGGGUGGUAAAAACUUCAUCCACCUGUUUAAAGGUGCUCAGACCGCAUCUUGGAUAACGUGCGUUUCUUGGUUCAUUGUGUCAAUCACCUACGUAAUCAAAUUGCUGCGGAGUUCCCAAGAAAUUCCAUUACAGAGAUUUGAAAACGAAACAAAUGUUGUCACUUAGAUCAAAAUUACCUAUAGGAUGUAGAUUGGUAUAAACCUUGAAAGCUAUUGUAUGCUAUAUGUUUUUAGAAAAAGAAAAUAUGUAAAUCAAUAAUAUACUCUUUAUAUCAUUUACAUUUUUAUGUUAUCAUUCUUAUUAUCAUUAUCGUCAACUUCCUUAUUUGUUUUUGUUUUAUUUUUGUUUUCUUUAGUUGAGUUCAGCUGUUUAAAUUAAAUAUUAAAAUAAAUAAACAAUGAAAACCUAAUUGGCACAGCAAAAUGCACAAUGAUUAUACAAUUAUGUAAUUUAGAUAAAUAUUAUACUGUAUAUUGCUUUUAUUUACUUUUUUAUUUACUUUUAUAUUACACACACAUAUAUAUAUAUAUAUUUAUAUGUAUAUAUAUAUAUAUAUAUAUAUAU